UGAAGAAAUAUUGAAAUGGGAAGAGUAGUUAACAGAAGUUGAAAUUUGAGAUUCGGUGACUGAGAGUCUGUCAAACAAUUUUCUUCCCCGACGCUUUCUCCAUCAUGUCUCCUUCCAAACUUGAGUUGUGCCCUUCUGUAAAGAACAUCAUUCUUCUGGAUUCUGAUGGGAAACGUGUGGCAGUUAAGUAUUUCUCGGAUGAUUGGCCUACCAAUAGUGCAAAGGAAACUUUUGAGAAGCUUGUAUUCAACAAGACUCAGAAGACCAAUGCUCGCACAGAAGCGGAAAUAGCAAUGUUUGAGAAUAACAUUGUUGUUUACAAGUUUGUCCAAGAUCUUCACUUCUUUGUUACCGGGGCUGACGACGAAAACGAGCUUAUCUUAUCCACAGUUCUGCAGGCAUUUUUUGAUUCUGUUGGUCUCCUGCUCAGAGGCAAUGUGGACAAGAAGGAAGCACUUGAGAACUUGGAUGUCAUUCUAUUGUGCAUUGAUGAAAUUGUUGAUGGCGGUAUCAUUCUUGAAACUGAUCCAAGUGUUAUAGCUGGGAAAGUUGCAAGUAAUAGUAUUGAUUCUGGAGCUCCUUUGUCUGAACAGACACUAAGUCAAGCAUUGGCCACAGCAAGGGAACAUCUUGCAAGAUCCCUUCUUAAAUGAACCACUUUAAGUUUGCCAAUGGAGAAUCCUUAUCUUUUGGCAUUUCCUAGAUCCGCUUUUAAGAAUCAUACUUCACAUUGCAUUCUCGAACUUGAAUACUGAUGUUAUACUGGUCCUGUGAAAAAUAAUUUUGACAUGCAAAUAUAGAGUUUUUGAGCACUUAUUUUCUUGCCACAUUAUGUCCAUUUAAUUACCCAUUAAAUUUCAUGAUGUUUCAUUUUUACUUUUA